AGUAUUGUUGUAACCUCGCUGCAGAACGCUGUAUACUACGUUGAUAUUUUUAAUACGUAUCGAAGUGAAGUGCAUCUGUGAGAGUCUGUUUUGAUAUAAACAUUGAAUGAAAUAUGGAAUCUCCCGUUGUUGUGGAUAAGCCACCGGAAUAUCAUGGAAGAGCUGCUAAAAAUAACCAGCAGCGCGGCUUUCCGUUUGAUGAAGAGGAGGGUUCGGGCGCGUGGAGCGAGCUUGCGGCGCGCCACCCCGACAUAGCGGCCCGCCUGCGCCAGCGCCCCGCCACCUGGGCCAGGAAGCGGCGCCCCUCCAGUCAGGACGCCACUGACGAUUUCGACGACUUCAGCGGCUUCGACAGAUUUCCGUUCGACGACAUCCCGUCCGAGUUCAGAGAACAUUUCCCCUCACAUUGGAACCGCAGGUUCGGUUCACGCGAGGAAGCGCCGCCCCCAUCGCCUCCGCAGCCCCAAUCCCCGCAGCAGCAGAGCGCCGCAACCCAGACUGACUGCCCGCCGGGGCCCUCCGCACACGCCGCUCACACUGCACACACCGCACAAGACGACCAGCACACCCAUCUCCCACAGUACGGACUUAGGAACACAGUAGACCUCGGACAGAAAAGCCCCGCAGAUCCUAGUUUAGUUGAUGAGGAAGAUCGGACCCAGAGGUCCAUGUCAGCACCUCCCGAUAAUCGCACGGCCGGUAUAAAUAACGCGAACAAAAUGAGUGGACAAAACCACCAGGAGCAGAGCCACAAUCCACACUCGGAACAGCAGUCCAACGUGCGGCAUAUACCUAUUUUCGUCGAAGGCAGAGAUGAGCCCGUUAUCAAUAAGGGCGUAGAUCACGCGACGCACUUCGGCGACACAAAGCCGGCGUACGUGCCGCCGCCGCAGCCGCACAUCGACAGGGACCAAUACUUUGCCGACGACGGCCCAGUCAAUUUUCACGCUCCGCCUAAUUUCUCUAGGGCUUUUGGCACACCAUUUAACAAAGGUUUCCGUCAGGGACCCCAGCCGUUCGUUCAACAAAAAGUAUAUCCUCAGGCGGCGUUCGCUCGUGGCGCCUCCCCGCAAAGAUCUCAGUCUCCUAAACCACAGAUGCCCCCGGAGGAGCAUUACGUUAAGGUGCCGGUUCACCACGAGCAGACUGCACCCAGAGCUGAAACUCCGUCCAGACCGCAGCAGAAGCAACCUCCGCGGCAGUCCACGCCGCCCACGCAGCCGCCCACACAGCCGCCGCCGCAGCGGCACACUCCGACACCGCCGCCGCAACCCAAACCACAGCCUCCUCCUGCCAACGAUCCCAAAACACAAAUUCUCGCCAUACAAACUGAUGUAUUAAAUCUAAUGUCUGAUGUUGAAAAUUUCACCGGUACGAAGAAAGACAAAAGGUACCUGUAUUUAGAUGAGAUGCUCACUAGGAAUCUCAUAAAACUAGACAAUAUUGAAACUGAAGGCAAGGAGAACAUAAGGCAGGCGAGGAAGGAGGCCAUUAGGUGUAUUCAAAAGUGUAUAGCUGUAUUAGAAGCUAAAGCUGAAAAAGGUAGCAACGCGGCUCAACAACAAGAUGUAGAAAUGGAGAACCCCGAGAGUCAGAAUGAUGCAAAUGACGACAAAGCUGUUGAGAAUGGUGAAGUCGAAAUGAAAGACGUGAGCAAGGAGCAACCUAAAGCCGAAGCACAAAUGGUGGAGGCUAAUACUGAAAAACCAAAAGAAGACAUUAAACAGGAGGAAGUUAAAGAUCAACCUAAAGACGAGGAACCAAAAGAUGAAAAAAUACAAGAAAACGCCAAAAUAGAAGCUUCAGAGAGCACGGAAGUUGCCCAGCCACAGAUUGCGGAUACGCGACCCGAGGAACAAGUCAAGGAAAAAACUCCUGAAAUCAAAUCCGACGAACAAAAGCAAAACGAAAAUUUAGAAAAAGAAAUGAAAAGCCCCAAGAAAGGCACGAAAAAUAUAAAGAAACGGGAUAAGAGUAAGGAUAAGAAGGAUGCAACUAAUGAUAGUAUUAAGGAUAGUAAAACUGAAAAUAAACAAGAAGAUAAAAAAGAUAGCACGGAACAAAAGGAGAAUAAAGAAGAAAAGAAAGAGGAAGAGGAAAAGAAAGAUGCGGAUGUGAAUGUGGAACAGAAGAAGGACAUUAAGAUAGAAUCAAUGCAAGUUGACGGCAAAGGAGACAAGACGGAGCCGCAGACGAUGGAUGUGGACAAUGCAGCCGCUAGUCAAUAAAUAUAGUUUGCUUUAGUGAAUUGUUUGUUGUAGAUACACAGCUAGGAGCGGGAGACGCACUCUGCCUACAAUCGCCUUUUCCUUCUUCGUGUUAAUUCUUUGUGUCUAAUAACGAGGUGUUGACAUGUAUCACUGUUUAUGUUUGUAAAUUUUAAGUUUUUAACACCUUACUUUGUGUAAAGGAUGCUGUCCUUAGGAUUUAAAAUGGUUUCCUCUCACCUAAAUCCUAAUAUUUAUUAAUUUAUUGUUGAUCAGUACUUGAUAACACAAAUUUCUCAAUAAACAUAUAUCAAAUAA